AUGGAGGCUGCGGCAGCGUUUGGCCUGGCGGCUAAUGCUAUGCAAAUGCUCGAGUACGCCGCCAAAUUGAUCAAGACUGCCAAUAAACUGAGGAGCCACGUGGGCAGCCUGCCUGUUGGAAUGCAGGAAAUCGAAGCCACGGCGAUGAGUCUGGUACAAUCGGUCGAUAUCGUUGCGCAAAAGUCGAAAGAUGAGCAGGACCAGGGCCUAGCUACCAUAUGCGACUCCAGCCUUUCCCUUGCUCGGGAGCUGCUGGACUUGAUGGGAGCGGCGAAGGCAAUCACGAGUAAGAGCGGCGGCAGCGGCGGAACGACGAAUAUCUUCCGGGGCACAUUUCGGGCCAUUCGGAUCGAGAAGGAGGCGAGCCGGAUCCAGUCUCGGCUAUUGUAUUUACAGCAGCAGCUAAGUCUCCAUCUUACAAUCCAGAACAGGCGCGAUCAAGGCGAACUGAAAUCGAGUUUGGACAGCAUCACAGGAAGGGUAUUCAGCAUCGAGGAAAAGAUUGACUCUUUCAUAUUAACGCGAAGCGGAGAAAUAUCCAUCACAAAGCAACCACUCAUCGAAAGCCCGGAGGCCGAAGUUGAGCCCGAAGUUGAGGUCGACUCCGAAGGUGAAACUGAAACUAAAGCUAACGAGGAAGUUGGGACAGUAGAGUCGGCCCUGCUAUCACCGACCGAAGCAAGAACGUCGAAUCCAUCGCACAUCUCCAUUCGCUCGCCGCGCAGAUUUCGAUGCCAGGACCCUAGCUGCGUUUGCUCCUGUCACCUGAACCGGUACUACAAGACCCCUCUCUUCCUUAGGGGGCUGAUCGGCGCGUUGAAGUUUCGCGGUAGCUGCCGGAAUCAUCCGACCGACUUGUGGGAAGUCAAGUACUGGAUGCCUUGGUGGAUAGCGAACUACAACGUGUACCUCCUGUUUGAGAGAACGGCGUCGGGGAGCCCGUCCCUGGGAUUGAAAUUCCAGAGAAGAGUGGAUUUGUCGGAGCCUCUGUUGUAUUGCUCAUAUACACGCAAUACCAAGGGGGUUAAAAUGGCACUCCAAAAUCCCGUCGUGUCACUCGACGAUAUUCACUUCAACGAGGGCUACACUGCUUUGCAUGUUAGUAAAACCCUGCCACCCCAAAUCCGCGCGGAUAAGUUCAUCGAGGACGAUUAUUCUAGGUCGCCGAUGCAUCUAGCGUGGGAGCGGAUAUUUAACGGCCGGGGCCACGCCCAGAUGUUGGACUGCCUCCGUCAGCUCUUCCCAGCAGAGGACUUCGACGACUGGGGGUUUUCGCCACUGCAUGAGAUAAUCUUGGGCCUCUCCCAUCUCCUGCCGCCCGGCCUGUCCCGCCUCGGCAGGAACCUCGACGUAAAUUGUCGUGAUGCCUUUGGCAUGACCCCCCUCUGCUGGGCGAGCUCUCGAGGCGACGUGGAAUCUAUGGAACUUCUUCUAGAUGCCGGUGCAGAUGUCGAAGCAGCUGACUCGAGGGGAAUGACUCCUUUGUUUUUUGCCGUUAAUGCAUACGCGCCACAGCUUCGCCCCCUCGAGCUGUUGCUUCUUAGAGGGGCCAAUCCAAAUCAUGUCGACCCGAACGGUUACACUGCGCUGCAUUUUGCGGCCGUUAACGGCACCCCCUUGGAACUCGUCAAGGCUCUAAUUAAUGCGGGAGCCGACAUCGACGGGGGAAGCCGUUUCAAUGGAACGCCCCUUCUCCUCACCGCUGGCGCCAAUUGUGUCGAGAUUGGAGAGUUUUUGCUCCAACGUGGUGCCGACAGAUACCAGGCGAACAAGUGGGGACGCACGCCCCUUGUAUCCGCUGUCUUGGAAAACAGUGCCGAGUUCCUAGAUAUGCUUCUCGAACAUGGGACUGCAUAUGAGCGCAUCGAUCAGGGUGGCCGCUCGAUCCUACACUAUGUUGCAGUUUCGCAGCAUGUAGAAAUUGCACGGGUUCUGAUCGCUCACGGCAUAACUGGGCUCGAUACCGAACUGAAGAACUGUAACGGCUUCACAGCAAUGGAUUUGUUUUGGAUGCACGGCACUGACACUGAUGAAGACUUCAAGGAGGCCUUCUUUCAGCUUAUGUCCAUGCUCGACCCAAACUGGAGCACCCCGGAAGGAAGCAUCGUGGAGGAGGAUGACUCUGAGACGGAUGAGGAAUGA